AACUUCAUCCGUCUGUUGAACUUGAGGUGAUAACCAAAGAAGUGUAUCCUCAAAAGAAUGGCUCCCAUGUAACGGUACAAUGCAAAGCUACGGCACCAGGCGUCAACUCAAAAAUACAUAACCCAAUUCUCCUAAAUCCUUCUAUCAUAUCUUUCUACUUCCAUAAAAAGCACGUUCCAGUGAACAACUGUCGGCCAUCAUCAGGAAGUACACAAAAGAUAUGUGAAUUGAUCAUUCCAAAAUUUGGAGAAAAGGAUGCAGGGAAGUAUUAUUGUAUGGCCAGAAAUGGAUUUCGCUGCACAACAAUAGGAAUCGACAUUCCGUCCCAUCCGUACCAAG